AUGUUGAAGGUGUCCUUAUUUAAGGUCACGCUCACGUCGGACCCGCGGCUGCCCUACAAAGUACUCAGGGUUCCUGAAAGUACACCUUUCACAGCAGUCUUAAAGUUUGCAGCAGAAGAAUUUAAAGUUCCUGCAGCAACAAAAGCAAUUAUUACCAGUGAUGGAAUAGGAAUAAAUCUUGCUCAGACUGCUGGAAAUGUUUUUCUAAAGCGUGGUUCAGAACUAUGA